UAAUAUAGAUGUAGAGAGGAAGGAUCGUGGUGCCACAGGAGUCCACACGGCAUCAGUGCGCAGUCGCCUUACCAGUCAGAGCUCCGGUCUCCAGCGCUGCCGUUACGCACAGGUUCAUCUCAUCUCCAAGCACCUGACUUACAAAGACACGUACGCGGAUUUUUGUCCUCCUUGACACGAUGUGAGGCAGAUAUGUGGGCUUUUUGUUAAAGGAUAUGGUCACUGGUGAGCUGCCAAAGUGGAGCCGCGCGUAUCACGGAUCGGGGCGCUCCUGCAGGGUCUAGGAUGCGCGCCCGGAACAUCUCGAUUCUUACCCGGGUUCGGGGCUGAGCAGGAGUCAACUGCUGGGCGCAGAAGCGGGAGGAGGACGCAGUCGACCCGGACCAGGAUGCCUGUGAUGAGAGGACUGCUGGCCCCGCAGAACACCUUCCUCGACACCAUCGCCACCCGUUUCGAUGGCACCCACAGUAACUUUGUGCUGGGGAACGCGCAGGUCCAGUCUCUGUAUCCCAUCGUGUAUUGUUCUGAUGGCUUCUGUGAACUCACUGGCUAUGCCCGUGCAGAACUGAUGCAGAAGAGCUGUGCGUGUCAUUUCCUGUAUGGGCCGGAGACCAGUGAUAAACUGAUGGCACAGAUCCAGGGCGCACUGGACGAAAGGCGGGAGUUUAAGACAGAACUGGUCUUCUACAAAAAAGGAGGAACUCAGUUCUGGUGUCUUCUGGAUAUUGUGCCCAUAAAGAAUGAGAAGGGAGAGGUGGUGCUCUUUCUAGUAUCACACAAGGAUAUAACAGACAAUAAGAAAGUCCAAGAUGAAGAACAGAGCCCAGAAAGAGACGAGGAGACGGGGCUGGAGGUGCACAAGGUCACGCAGCCACCAGGCUUCAAUACCAACCGGCGACGCAGCAGAGCUGUGCUUUACCAGUUGUCUGGACACCUGCAGAAGCAAGACAAGAGCAAACUCAAGAUCAACAAUAACAUGUUCGGUGAGAAGCCUCCCAUCCCAGAGUACAAAGUGGCAGCCAUUCAGAAGAGCCGUUUCAUUCUCCUCCAUUAUGGCACCUUCAAAGCUGGAUGGGAUUGGCUGAUCUUGUUAGCCACUUUUUAUGUAGCAGUUACUGUGCCCUACAAUGUCUGUUUCACCGUUGUUGGUGGGCGGGAUGACGUGUCGACCCCAAGAAGUCCACCGAGUGUGAGCGACAUCUUGGUAGAAAUCCUAUUCAUGUUAGAUAUUGUAUUAAAUUUUCGCACCACAUUUGUGAGCACAUCAGGCCAGGUGGUGUAUGAUGCACGCUCUAUCUGUGUACAUUAUGUCACCACCUGGCUUUUUGUGGAUCUGAUUGCUGCGCUACCUUUUGACCUGUUGUACGCCUUCAAUGUUAGUGUGUACUUUGGAGUUCAUCUGCUGAAAACAGUUCGAUUGUUACGGCUUCUACGCUUGCUGCAAAAGCUGGAGCGCUAUUCCCAGUACAGCGCAGUGGUACUCACAUUACUUAUGUCCAUGUUCGCCUUGCUGGCACAUUGGAUGGCCUGUGUCUGGUAUGUCAUCGGCCGCAGUGAGAUUGAGAACAACAGCCCUGGUUCCUGGGACAUUGGCUGGUUGCAUGAACUGGGUAAACGUCUGGGCACCCCCUAUUUUCUGUCCCCUCUUGCAUCCCUCAUUCCUGAUUCGCUGCGCCCCACCAUCUUGGAUGGACUGGUGGUCAAUUCAAGCCAGUGGAAUGGCACUGAUGUAGUGGGACAUGAGUCUGUGUGGAACUUGAGCCAAUGGAACACAACAGGAGCAGGGCCGAUGGGCACUUCAGAUGCAGGAAAGACUGGAGCAGUACUGGGAGGCGGGCCCUCUAUUCGGAGUUCAUAUGUGACUUCGCUGUACUUCGCUUUAAGCAGUCUGACUAGUGUGGGCUUUGGCAAUGUCUCAGCGAAUACUGACUCAGAGAAGAUCUUCUCUAUUUGCACCAUGCUGAUUGGAGCACUCAUGCAUGCUGCGGUCUUCGGUAAUGUGACGGCCAUUAUCCAAAGGAUGUACUCACGCCGCUCGCUCUAUCACACUCGUACCAAAGACCUCAAAGAUUUCAUCCGCGUGCAUCGACUUCCCAAGGCCCUCGCGCAGCGCAUGCUGGAGUGCUUUCAGACGACAUGGUCUGUCAACAAUGGCAUCGAUGUCAGUGAGCUUCUGAAGGACUUCCCAGAUGAACUGCGGGCUGACAUUGCCAUGCACCUGAAUAAAGAGCUGCUCCAGCUGCCUCUGUUUGAAUCGGCCAGUCGAGGGUGUUUGCGCUCGCUGUCGCUCAUCAUCAAAACCUCCUUCUGUGCUCCAGGAGAGUUCCUCAUUCGCCAGGGUGACGCUUUGCAGGCCAUCUACUUUGUCUGCUCAGGCUCAAUGGAAGUGCUCAAGGACAACACUGUGCUAGCUAUACUGGGAAAGGGGGACCUGAUCGGAUCGGACUCGCUGACGAAAGAGCAGGUGAUAAAGACCAACGCAAACGUGAAAGCACUGACGUAUUGUGACCUGCAGUACAUCAGCCUAAAGGGACUGCGAGAAGUUCUGCGCCUCUAUCCUGAAUAUGCCCAGAAGUUUGUCAGCGAAAUUCAGCACGAUCUCACCUAUAACCUGCGGGAGGGCAGUGGAGCUGACCUGGACUGGGAAAGCAACGGUGGUCUGGUGAAGAAACUUCCUGCUAUACGUGAAGAUGAGGAGCAUGAUGAGGAGCAGCACUCAGUAUCAAGGGCCUCACGUUCUCCCCUUCGCCUGACCCGGGCCCUAAGCUCCCCCCUGAGAUCGCCUCUUCUCCCCCCUCGCCCCUUCCGCCCUCCGUCAGACCACACGCGACCCGCCACCCUCCAGAUCCCUGUGGUCAGUUUCAGCAGUGCACCUCCAGAACUCAGCCCCAGGUUUGUGGAUGGCAUAGAGACAGAAAGCAAUUCCAGCUCAACACAAAGGUUUGAGUUCGGUCCCACUCUACCUCAGAGCGGUCCUCCAUCCCCUUCUCCAGUGAACCAGGAGCAGCUGGAGACCAAGCAGAGCAUCACCAAACUGAGUGAGGAGAUGACUAGUCUAUCCCAGCAAGUCUCUCAGCUGAGCAAAGAGCUACAGGAAAUGACACGUCUCCUCCGACCCUUGCUUGUCAUUGGAUCUCAACCUCUCCUGACAGCCGUCAGUCCAACAAUGCCUCCAUCUCCCAGCAGUCACAGCGGUCCAACAAUAUCCACGCCACCAGCUCCUUCGCCCACAACCCCAUCGUCUGCACCGCUCAGACCAACUUGCUCCCUAUUGGACAGCGCAGACACUGGGAGCAUUAGCUUGCUCAGCUGUCUCAUACCCUCCAGCCCGCCGCAGAGACCCCAAGCACAGGCUCAGGCAGGCUGUUCAAGCGGAUCUUCCUUGCCAGUCCUUCUUUCUCCAGUUAUAGCCCAAACGGAGGGAGAAGGCACCCAGGCAGCUUCAGCUCUGCCACUGCAAACCAGCCAUCAUGCUUCCCCAUCUCUAACCUUUUCAUUCUCGCUCCCUACAUUCCGCUCCCAGUCUACUUCCUGCUCUCCCUGCCAGGGUCCUCACCGACCUGCCAGUCACAACAGAGGUUUGCUACCUCAUCCCCCCUCACAGGACACCCCACCUCCACCACCCUCUCAUUGCUCUGCACCACCCUCGAUCAAUAACUCCCCUGGUGACCACAGGCAGGGGAUCAGUCCAUUUCCCUCAUCCCCUUCCUCCACUGCGCUCGCCCCUAGGGUCCAGCCACGGCCGUGCACCACUCCUUCUUGUCCGCACACCUCCCUACCCUUGCCCUGCUCCCUUGACUCCCUUCCUGAAACCCAGGCCUCUUGUGGCACCUCACGGUCCCCGCAGAACCUCAGGCCGGGACCUUCUCAGUUAGAGUUUGAGAUGCAAGAAUGGGCAGCAGGAGGGAGGCCUUCCACAGAGCAUAUCAGCUUCAUAGAUGAAGAGGGACCAGCACUGUGAGAGACUGAAAGAUAAAUACUAUGACUAGUUGACUUAACAAAUAGGGGAUCGGUGAACUGGGCCAACUACAAUUACCCCAACACACCUACAUUCUGAAGGACAGACAAAACUGAUUGCUGUUCCUUCAGUACGACACUCUUGUAAUUGGACAGAUUGUGGCUCUGUUCCAAACCCCAGUGAGCUAUCUACUUAUAAAUAGCAUUUUUAGGCAUCGUAGGCUUAGGCAUUUAGGCUUAAAAAUUCAGUUUAAGAUUAAAUUACACAACAAGGACGUGAAUGCAGUUUACAAGUCGGAAUCUUGUAUUUGUUGUAAUAUCAAAAUGGCAGGAAUGCACAUUUGUUCACAGCAGACUCCAUUUCAAUUUUAGCAUGCUGCUAACGCUAACAGAACUAGUCAACAAAGAAAAGUAUUGAUGGGAACAGUUCCAUCUAAGUUUAAGUUAAAAUGUUAAGUCUAAUAUUGUGUGUAAGACUCUAUUGGAAUCAACUCUGAACGGGUAUCUUAUAUUGUUGGUUAGGCUAAUAUUUUUUGAUGGUUUUUUAGUAUGAAUAUGGGAACUUAUCAGCUGGUCAGGCUGAAAGAAGCUGUUUUUCAUUAAGGAAAACUGCUACUCAUGAAAACGGUUUCAAUUUGGUCAUCUAUGGAGUUGUAGCUGCCAAUGUAGACAGCUUACAAUAAGGCAGCUAACUAUGAUUUGGAACAGAGUCACUGUGGUAUACACCACUUGGGAGCACCUCAGUACCUGACACCAGCCAGUUAUUCUCCUCUGAGCACAACUUCAUGGAGUUCCUCUUCUAAAGGCAUUACAGCCAACAUAAAGCAUGGUGACCAAAACUGCGAAAAUCACACUGUAGUCAUACCUUGCUAUGGGAAUUUAAUAUAACAAGUAAAAGUGCACUGAUUACCUUGCAUGGCUGUGCACUAAUCAUGCACAGAAUAUAGGAAAUGUCAGGUGGUGUUUCUUAUCUCCGUAUUACCAAAACAAUGUUUUUACUCUACAAAUUACCCACCUUGUGAAUCGAGUUCAUAUUUGAAUUUCCAGAAUUGAUAAAUUAAUGAGCUGUCACAACACAUUAUCCAUAAUACUUGUUUCAUCCAGUCUGUCCCAAGCCACUUAACACAUUCACUAGCCAGAAUCAUGAGUUGCAUAUUUAGUCAGAUUGGAGACCUUGGGCAAUGCCUGUCCUCCACUUAAAAAAAUGAUCAAUUUCAGUAAGUUUAUAGAUGUAUUCAUUACAUUCAGUCAAAACAAAUAUGAUUAAGAGCUGAAAGUGUAACACUUUGUCACAUGCACAUAUACAACCAGGGUCCAAAAUUAACUUUUGCAACACCUGCAUAUAUUGGAUGAAUUGAGAUAAUUCA